AUGGAGGCAUCGCCAAGUGACUCCGUGAUGAAGAUGGAUGGUUCCAAGGAGCAGAAUCACAACGAGGACUGGGCCCUGGAGGAUUCUCAGCCGAAAAAGCGAUCAGGCGUCUUGAACGUGGUGAUCGCGGGUUUGGCUCUGUUCAGUGAUGGGUAUAAUGCUCAGAUCAUUGGCUACAUGGAGCCGCUCUUCUCGGUCUUGUACAAAGAUGGCAUGUCGGCCACCAUGAAGGCGCGUCUUUCCAACUCCUACCUGAUUGGCGAGAUUUUUGGCAUGCUCUUCUUCGGUGUCUUGAUUGACCGGAUUGGUCGUCGGACCGGCGUGAUAACCGCCACUGCCUUCUUGAUACUGGGCGUGGUCUUGGCUACGGCAGCACAUGGCACAACUCAACUAGGAAUGUUCUGGAUGAUGGUUGUCGCUCGAGGCAUCGCGGGCUUUGGUGCCGGAGGUGAGUAUCCAGUCUGUGCCACCAGUGCCACCGAGGCCGCGGAUGAGACAGCACCACUUCGCAAGCGACGGGGCUUUCUGGUCGCAGUCGCUACCGACUUUGCGGUAGAUCUGGGAUUCGUUGCCGCAGGUCUAGUUGCCCUGAUUGUGCUCGCAUGCUAUCACCAGCAAAAUUCAGAGGGCGUUUGGAGGGUUACGUUUGGCCUGGGUAUGGUUCUACCCCUUGCCGUUUGCUUCUUCCGUGUUCGCAUGAUGAACUCUACCCAAUACCGAAAGCAUGCGAUCAAGUCCCAUUAUCCUUACUGGCUGGUACUUCGCCGUUAUUGGAAGCCAAUGCUCGGUACUUCUUUGGCCUGGUUCUGCUAUGAUUUCGUUACUUACCCGUUCGGUUUGUUCUCCUCAACUAUCGUUGAACAGUUCAAUCCCAAUAAUACGACUGUCCAAAACAUUGGAUAUGGGACGGUCAUCAACUCCUUCUAUCUCCCUGGCUGUAUUCUGGGAGGCUAUCUGAUGGAUCGGAUUGGCCGUAAACAAACCAUGACUCUCGGCUUCAUGCUUUGGGCUAUAUGGGGCUUUCCCUUGGGGGAGAUGGGACCCGGUGUUGCCACUUUCCUGUGUGCGGCUGAAUCAUUCCCUACGCCCCUCCGAGGCCAUUUCCUCGGCUUUGCAGCUGCAGUGGGAAAGGCCGGUGCUUCAAUCGGCACCCAAGUCUUCACACCGAUUCAGAAUUCAUUUUCAUCUACCGAGAAGGGUCAACAAGCCGUGUUUCUAAUCGGAGCGGCUUUCACCGUGGUGGGAGGCCUGAUCGCGUGGUUUUUGAUUCCCGACAUGUCCCGCGAGCUGGAGACCGAGGACGCUCGCUUCAGGGCCUACCUCCAGGAGAAUGGUUACGACAUCGAUCUCUACGGAGAAGCUCUUGUAGUUAAUCGUGUUGCUUAA